AUGUCGUAUUUCACACCUCCCAACGGUGGUACUGAUACUCGAAACGGCGCGGCCAAGGAGCUCAGUGGGUUUGGGGUUGAAAGAGACGCGCAAGACGGGCUCAGAAUCGUCGUCGUGGGCGCUGGUAUAGCGGGCUUGUCGGCGGCCAUUGGUCUGCAGCAGCAAGGCCACCAUGUCACUUGGGACAAGGUUGUAGAAAAGUCUGACCUGUCGAAUGAGGAUGGCGCAAGUGUCAAUCUCAUGCCUCAUGCCAGCGGCAUCGUUUGGCGGUUUGGUGUCUACGUGAAUGGCAGCCUGGCUGCAUACAAUGGCAUGAGCGAGCAAGAUGCGUCCGGAAAUCCUGUGCAGCACAUCGACAACACUGCAACGGCACAACUAUGGCAACAUCCCUGGGUUAUCGUUUCACGCAAAAGUCUACACAAUGCGCUGUUGGCCAGGCUGAAAGAGGCCGGACAGACCAACAACCACCCAAUCACCUUACGCACGACAAGCAAUGUUGUCAAGGUCGAUCCGCUCUCCGCCUCUAUCGAAUUGGCUGGCGGUAGGAAGCUCCAAGCUGACGUUUUGAUCGGCGCCGACGGCGUGGAUUCUACGAUUCGGGCUGCAGUCGCAGGCGCGGAUACAAAGCUGAACGACAGUGGGGAGAGCACCUAUAGCUUUCAACUGAGCAAGAAGCUGUUGUCUGCAAAUCCGAACUUGGCGAGAUAUGUCCAUGAGCAGGGACAGGGGUUUUCCUGGGUUGGCAAGGGACGGCGGCUGUAUCUCUUCCCGCUUUCGAAUGAGGCCGCGGUCAAUGUCAUUGCGACUUGUCCAAGCUUGCCACCAAAUCGCGACUCGAGCUUUGCGGCGGCAAAGAAGCAGUUGCUCGAUCUGUUCGAGGACUUUGACUCAAGCGCCAAAGACAUUAUAUCUCUGGCUGAAGAAUCGACCUUUUCCGCGUGGAAUCAUUACGAGACUUCGGCCCCAUUCCGAUGGAGUCACGGAAGAUCGAUUCUCAUCGGCGACGCUGCACACCCCUUGGGUACAUCAUGGAUACAUGGUCCAAGCCAAGCCCUUGAAGACGCUGCGGCACUCGCUGCGAUCAUGCCUGCCGCAACGUCGCCGGAUGCGGUGUCAUCUGCACUCCAAUUCUUCGAAGAACUUCGACGGAGGCGCGUUGAAGAAGUACAGCGCAGUGAGCAUCGCCUCCGAGCAAUAAAUGGGGUAUCAACUCCUGGGCAGGAGACCGAAUACGAAAGUUUCCAACGCACCCUGUUUGGACACGAUGCCUGGGACUCAGCCAGGCAAGCUGCCCAAAGGUAUUUCAUCCAGCACAAUCGCAAGAACUGGCUACGUCAACCCAUCCAACUGGGCCUCUAUCCCUCCCUGCGUCAACACGCCUCGGGCAAGAUACGGAGGCCACAGGACCAUGUCACCUGGACUCGCUAUACGAUACGAUUUCGUACCUCACGCACCGUCCUCGACGGCUUCCUUCCCGAGGGUUUCAAAUUCAGAUCUCCAGGUUCUGUCGCCGAAGCCUCGUGGGCGAGUGGCAAGACAGAUGGACUGGACUGGCUGGGAGGAGCCGGAUACCACCAUACGGCACUAAUGCUGCACAAUGUCGACUACACGAAGAAGAACGGUGAGGUCCUCCAUGGCAUCUAUCUUGUCAUGAUGAUCGAGGAUCAGACGGACGCCAUUCUCGGCGGUCACGACGACUCUGGAAUGGCCAAGUUGUAUGCCGAAAUUGAUUUCAGAAAGAUCGACGACAAAGCCCUCCUCACCUUCUCCUGGAGAGGCAAGACGUUUGUGGAAAUUGGUCUCGAUGGUCUCGCCGCGACUUCGGCCUCCAAAGGCCCAGAACAACAGGCGACGUCCGGCUCCGUGAUCCCAAAACUUCCACCAGAGACGGGCAUUAUGUAUGAGCGGUACGUGGGCGCGGUGGGACAGCCCGGCGUUGCCGAUGCCCAGUACCCAGUGUAUACUCCAUUCCAGGGCGGUGGUAGCGGGGUGAAGACAAAGGUCACGAAGACGGAGGUUGCUACUGGAGGCUCGGUGACCUAUUUCAGAGGCGACGAGCUCACCCUUCCUACGUGGCAUGGUUAUGUCGAUCGCUUUGCCGAGUUGCCGUUCUACGGCUUCGUCAGUGGCUCGGUGGUGCAAGGCACGGGCGUCGACGACAAUCGGAAUGUGAUGCGGAUUGAAUAA